AUGUACGACUCAGAUAGGACGCCACUUUCAUCGUUCGAAGAUAUCCAACACACGCGACUCAUCACAGCACCCCCUUCAUCCAUCAGCACACGUACAUACGAACGUAUCCGGUACCCCUCCCCCUCACUCUCCACCACCGACCUGCUCCCCCGCGUCUCCGCACUCAAUCGCCGUGGCGCCACGCUCUCCACCUACCUGGCACAUCUAGCCGCUGUCGUCGAACCGCUCAAGUCAACCAAGGUAGAUGAGAUGAGUGAGCUUGAGCUGAGGGACCUGCUGCACGAAGGACAAGGCCUGCGGGAUGCAAUGCAAGACUUCGAAGAACAGUUUGCUGAGGUCUGGGCUGUUCUGGAGGAUGUUAUGGCUCAGAGAAGGGGAGUAGUGCGUAGUCUCUUGCAAGGUGAGGGCGGGGAUGGUGUUAGUGAGGCAAAGGGGUCGCGCAAGGGGAGGAAAGUGUAUUAG